CUUGUUGUGACGACGAGGGAGGUGCAGGCGUUGCUAGGUGCUGUAGGUAGACAGUGAGACUGUAGGUAGAGCCUCAGUCAGUCGGUGAUCACCAGACCAAGAGGAAGAUGGCGGCGUGGCUGUGCAGGGCCCUGGUCCUGAGUGUGAUGACAGGUGUGGCGGCAGGUGGCACCUACUGUGACAGCUACUCCUCCUACUACUACUCCUACUCCACUCUGUACUGUGAGUACGGGUGCUGCUCGGGUGACUGCUGUUCUUAUGGCAUGUAUUACAGCACUCUGGUCGGCAUCAUCGUUGGAAGCGUUAUCGGCGGCAUUCUCUUCAUCUCAGGCAUCGUCGCCAUCAUCUGCUGCUGCAUCAAGAGCCAGUCACGACCGGGCAGAGUGAUACAACCGACAACUGGUACCUCCGGCAACUUGACGGUCGUCAGCUCAGGGAGUCACAUGACCCAGGCGUGGUCAGCUCAGACAGGCCCCAGUGCUCCAUAUGGCCCUCAGUCUGGCCCACAGUAUGGCCCUCAGUAUGGCCCGCAGUAUGGCCCGCAGUAUGGACCACAGUACGGACCACAGUUUUCAGGGCCACCUCCUUACCAACCCUCCGGCAACAAGGGGGGACCACCUCCGCCCCCUCCAUCCUACAGCGACCCGGCGUAUCCUCCCACCGGCACCUCGCACCCGGCUUCGUAGGAGAAGGUUGAGCCUGUUGUACCCGUCAUGCACCACGAGCUGUGUGAGCGUGUGGGCAGCUGUCCUAGAACUUAGCUAAUAAUAACAGUUGUGAAUGUUUAAUGUAAACAGUAGACACACAUGGCUGACAGUUACACCAAGUAGUGUCAGUAGCCAAAUGAUGAAUGCAGUCGAUUCCGGUCAAUCGGACCACAUCCUUAAAAAAAAAGCUGAAACAAAUCCUAUUACAUAAGACUAAUAUUAUUCGCUAAUUUGGACGAAAAUUCCGUUUAAUCACACCAAUGAAAGUGAGAGCGAAUAAACAAAGCCAGAAGUCACCCGAGCAGAUCGGAUGUAAAGCGGGUCAGGGACCUGUGGGAGGAUCCCUGGGCUUCCCGGGAGGAGUUGUACUUUUAUCAAGAGUGAGGAAGCCAGCAAGUUGUGUUGACAAGAACAAGACCAGAGGGAGGGGAACACAACUACGACUAAAGUUCGCACGAGAAACUAUCAUUUCACCGCCACUUGCUUCAGACAAGUCAAACUUGAUGUCUGCUGGAUGCUGUUAGUGCCGGAGCUGUACCCGCUGAGCUUUGGCUCUUCCUCCUGACCUCCACAUCUUGACCCCGAAUCCCCAGGGUUUCAUCAGAGGACCUUAGUCAGUGAACUGUGGGUGUCUUGUCUCCUCUGCCACAGUGCCAGGGCGGGAUGUUAGCUGGACUGAUUAGUUCCCUGGAUCAGAUGAAGCAGCAGCCGCCAAACACUAGUCAGGGUUAGUUGCUGGAAAUGACAGCUGGACAGACACAAUGGCGCGCGAUGACACAAGACAAGCUGCCAGAGGACUGGGCAAUGAGAAGGACGACGAGGUCCUCAACAACGGAAGCAAGGGAAGGUCCAUGGUUAGUUGUUGUGGGUGUGUUGGCCACUCGUGUGUCACAAUAACGGUCACAGUGACAUCCUAGUGUGUGACGUAUAGCACGUGAAGUGGUGACACUGGACAUGUUGGUGUCACCGGACCACCCGGUCAUUAGGACCGAAAUGAUGGCGGCCCGGUGUGGUCCGAUUAACCGCAAUCGACUGUCUAGGUUGCACUCUCCAGGACACAAUAUCCUGUAAUGUCUGAAGGUUUCUGUUUCAAAUGUAGAUGCGAUGUAGACUAGAGCUGCUUCCAGCAAUGUCAGCCUGUGUGGUUACACCAUCAGCUUGUCUUUCUACACCAACAAUCAACAAAGGUCUCAACUGCUUUCAUUGUAUUAAUUGCCAGGUUUCCGUGAGAAGCAUUACAAACAAAGUAAUGAUGAAGGAAUAGAACUAUCCUGCAAAGAUGAAGACAUUGGAUAGAAUCUGACUAUCCUGUUUGUUGUCAGGGUCUUUGAUGUCGCUCGGUGCCAAGGUCUUGGCGAGACUGAAAAUAAGACCUGAGAUACUUGUUGUGUUGUCUGUUGGUGUUUUAGUGAUUUAAUAAUGUUGAUACCUGUAAUAUUCUGUGUUUACCUGUGGCUCAGCACCCUCCGGGCUCCCUCCUGUAGAUUGAGAGAGGAUUGUAGAAAGUGACAAACACACGAGGAGUGAACGAUGUGUAGAUACACACAUACAUGUUGAGUGAACUUUGUCUUUACAGUGCAUUCACUUACAUUCUGUCAGUAAACAAUGAAGGAUCCUGUGUGAACACGUGUUCACUGAGGUCACUGUGGUCACGUGCCAGGUCAGCACGUGUUGAGGUUUGAAUGUGACACCAAUGGCUAGAGGUGGAGGGAGGGCAAAGGUGGCCAUUGACAGGCUUGUGGAAAAUUUGAAUGUCAUCGUGUGUAUCCUGUCUUCAUGUGUAGAUAAGGUGUGUAUGUAUAUGUGUAUGUAUAUGUGUAUGUAUAUGUGUAUGUAUGUAUACAAUGCAUGUAC